UAUGCAGGGCCAUCCUUGGGCAGAGUCAUAAGGCUCAAAGCAGCCUCAUGUCAGCAUGGCAUGUACUCGAUCCUAACCAAGCGCCAUCCGAGCGCUUGGGUCGUGAGAUGAGCGCUGAGUCAUCCAUGGCUCCAGGUUCUGUGCAGCAGCGUUUGGGUGCGCUGGAUCGGGCCAGAGGCCUGCAGCAACAACUUGCAGAGAAGGCGUGCUUCAUUCAGGAAGCUGCCGAGCGUGAGGAGGCAGAGGCACAGCAACGAUGCCGUGCCAUGGCAGAUGGCCGCAACCGCGCUCAGGAACGCAGCAAGGCCCUCCUGGCUGGACUGCGGGAGGUGAAGCAGGAGGUUGCGAGCCUGCAAUGGCGAGUCCAGGCUCUUGAGGGGCAGGGCCCUCUUCGUCGCCUCAACGAAGACGCAUGGCAAACACUGCCGAGGCUCGCGAGGGCCCCACACCCAGGUGGGCCUGCUGAAUCCAAGGUGUUGCAGCUAAGAAAGCGGCGUGAGAGUUUGGAAGUGCAAAGCAGGAGUUGUCAGGAAGAGAACAAGGUGCUGCAGGAGUAUCUCGAGUCGCAGCGGGAGGCGCAAAGCUUGGAUGACGGCCUUGUGGUGAAGGAGGCUCUGCGGGCCUUCGCGGAGGGUGCCAUGGCCACGCUGACGGAGGCGUUCCAGGAGCCUUUAAGGCGAAUCGUCCUGUUGGAUACGUACCUAAGAGCUCUGCAGGAAAGACUGCAAGGUGGCAAAUUGGCAUUGACAAACGCUUGUGGGCCAAAUGCUCGAAGUCGAUCAGAAUGCGUUCGCGGCAAAUCAAGUGUCUCGGAGCAGCAGGAGCUUCUCUCCAGCGGCCGAGACUUGUUGUCGGCCUUCGCGGCAGCUGUGGAUGCUGCAGACAUUUGGGAGCUCCAAGGGCAGCUAGACCCGAGGUCGCAGCAGGUCCUGUGCUCGCAACUGCUGUCGCUGUGGGAUGCAACUCGACGUUGGCGUGCUCGAUAUGGCACACCAAAGGUUGCAAGCUUCUCAAGCUGAGCGAUUUGCCCCGUGUGACCCUCCCAACUGCUGCCAUCCUGGGUCGUGGCCUGUUCAGACAGGCCAACCGAAUUCAUUGGGGAAGGUCAUUAGCCGUUCCUGUGCGUGCAAGCGCGAAUGGAGGGGAAAAUUGCAUUUCCCGCGGUUGGAGGC